UACUCUUCAUGUACAUAUAUGUACGCAUUCAAGAACAUGAAACACAAAAUAACCUACUACCUCCAUUAUUGCUCUCACAUUAAACUGCUGGUAGAAAUUAAGCAACUUUCAAAAAUACCCACUUUUUAUAUAAAACUGCAUUUGCAUCAGACAGUGCUAAGUACUGACCAAACACAACAAAUUGAAUGAGGAUCUAUCAGUAAUAGAUUAACCAGAUUAAUGUGUGCGUAACAGUCUCAGUGUGGUACGUUGCUGCUGUAAGUUUCAAAGUUCACAUAUGAACUUCUUGCUCAGCACACACGGUUUAUGAAUGAAGCUUGAAUAAAAAAAAGACUUUCAGAAAAUAUAAGGUAAGCGACAAACUAUGAAAUUAACCUAAGUGUUUAAGUGCAGACUGCAUAUAGGGAAAAAAGAAGAAAAAUCCUUGGUUAUGACAGCGGGAAGAAAGAGGUAGUAGGAAGGAAUGCAUGAAUUCAUGUCCGCCAUCUAAUAUUAUAAUGUUACAGAAGAUGAAUACAAUUCACAUUUAGAUCAAUGAAUGAACUGAUAACAGUAACGUCUUGAAGUGUCUUUUUUUAAAGAGAAUAGGCAGGUAUUCUUAAGAUUAAAAGUGAAGUGAUAAUGGAAAGUUCCAUAAAAAAUGCCAAAUGCUCCAAGAAAGAUCAUGCAGAGAAUUCAGUGUUGUCUAUAACAAAAUUAAUAUUUUAACUUAAUAGUUCUUGCAUAUUUGGCUUUGCGCUGGAUUUACCUCAAGAGACUGAUUUAGGCAUGGACUUAAUAGAAAGUAGAAUCACUGAUCUGCUCAAGCAAAAAUCUGAAUAAAUUAAUUGCAGGCAAUCUCUAUGUACAUAAGCACAGUAUAUUAAAAAGCAACCAACCAACAGACAACACAUUGAUUUCAACAUCACUGAUAACUUAAAAUAAGCUGCUUAUUUCACCAAUUGCUUUUUCAUCUGAAACACCAGAAUGUAUUUUGUCAACCAAUAUUUCUCUGAGAUAAUAAAUGUGCACCGAAAUCCAUUAGAUAAAUACAGAAAAGAAGAAAAUAAGAUGCUUAUUUGUGAAGUCAUUUCCCUUCUCCAACCACUAGCCUAUACUCUUCUUCCCCACUGUGCUACAUAAGUCUGUAUGAUAGCAUAUAUUUCCAAUGCCUGGAGUCUAAAUUUGGAGACUGAAUCUGCAGCGUUAACUAGCUUCACUGUUGUUGCUGUUUUGUUUUUUAUUAAGACAUACUUCCUAUAUUUGCCUGUAUCAGAAUGCCCUUUUGGAUCACUAUCUAUUGCAGUUUUAGUGGAAGCUGACAAAAGCUAACAGCUUCUAAGAUAUUUUCUGCUGCAGAAGCACUCCUUUAAAAGCUACUUCUCCCAUACUAUCUUCACGCCCCACCCUGGCCCCUCAAAAAAACAGUUACAGUCAGCUAGUAACAGCAGCAUGCAGUUAUCACUAUUAUAACUUCUUCCUCCCCUAGUUUUCCUCCUCUUUCAUCACAUUCUUCUGCAUUUUCCACAGUUGUUAUCAGCUCCUUUCCCCUCUGUUCUUUUUGCCCAUCCUAAGCUUUUUCUGUCUCACAAUGUUCCUAAAUCUCUUCCAAAACCUGACUCUUUCCCAGCUCUUCAUCCUCCAUCAGUGCAGAAGCACAGCCUAUCAGGCUGCUCUCCUUGUUGUGAGAACUGCCAGGGGGUCUUGCUUCUUCUGAGUGGGAGACUGAAGAAGGACAGCAAAGAUCUUGAAUCAGAGGUAUGCGUGAGCUGCAUCGAAUGUCUAGAGCAUACAGUCCUUAAAGAUUUCAGGCAAGGAAAGGCACUCAAGAGACUGAAUUCUUACACUUUUGCUGGAUUGUUUAAGUUGUUGUCUAAAACAGCUCGUUAUUCCAUCUUCACUUAAUGACAGGUUUGCAGACAAAAACCAAAGACAAUGGCAGACAGCAAUGAGAUGACAAUUAACCUUGUUGUCCUUGGAAGAACUCAGACUGGCAAAAGUGCUGCUGGGAACAGCUUGCUAGGAAGCUUGGACUUUGAAAGCCAUCUCUCCCCAAGCUCAGUGACCACUUGUUGCAGCCUUGGGUACAGCUGCCGUAUUUUGGGGAUUACACGAAGAAAUGGCUGUGAGCUAGUUCUCCGCGUUCGCGUACUUGACACUCCAAGCUACCCUCACAGCAGCCUGAGCAAAGAGCAGGUGAAAGACACAGUGAGAUCUGCCCUGGCUCACCACUUCGGGGAGGAAGGUCUGCAUCUUGCUCUUUUAGUCCUGAGGGCUGACUUGCCUCUGUGUCCAGAUGAAAACGAUCAAACAAUUCAGUUCAUCCAGGAACUUCUAGGUCCCAAAUGGAAGGAUUUCACUGCAGUUUUACUUACUCACGCAGACAAGGCAGAAGAAGCUGGAUUCAGUGAGGAAGCAUAUUUGCACAAAGCUUCAAAUACCCUGCUAUCACUACUGAGCUCAGUACAGAACAAAUAUGUUUUCCUGGACAACCAGAAGAGCAUAAUUAAAGAGGAAAGAGCUACUGUCUUAAGAAAGCUCUUAAAUUUUAUAAGACAAAAUAAUUAUCGAGUACUACUUAAACAUGACAAGGAAUAAAGUUAGCUUUCAGGUGCUCAUUUGUCUAUUUUCUAUGCUAUACAACAUCUAAUAAAACAGUAGAUAAGACAGAAUUUGAAUCUUCAAGAUCCCUACCAAAUACCUCUGAAUAUACAACUGGAAAUAUCUCUUUAGAUUACCAAACUACAUGCCCUUCAUAGAGUACCUCACACUAUCAAAUCCAGAAUCCUAGUUUCAACCAUAUGAGAACAAGCUAGUACUCUAAAUUAUGCUCCUAAUAUGAGUGCAGUCAGUAAUAAGAUUUUAUGCUACACCCUAUUGUAAACUGCAUUUCAUACAGAACACAGAUCUGGAAGAAAAAAAGCACAUUAAAAAAGCUUUCCAGUAAUAGAACUUAAGAUUCAUCUACUGUAAAGGUAUUUCUUUACUUUGAUUUAAAGGUUAAAACUGAAAUUUUUGAACUUCAAGUAUUUUCUUUAAUAAGAUA